AUGCAAAGAAUCAUCAAACAUUUCGCGGGCGAUAUCUCUUUUGAGACCAGCGAUCUAAAAGAGCUUGCAGACAAACUUACGCAAGACGAUGACCGAGAUCAUCCGGACAGUGAUUCGACCGAACCCCACAUUGACACACCAACCAAUGAUUAUUCUAUAGAUACUCUUUCCACCAGCACAAUGCAUUACUCCGGGGAACUAUCUCAUUGGAACUUCUCAAGAAUGCUCGAGCGACGACUGCGAAGCCUUGGUGACCAGGCUGGGCAACGCAAGGGCGUCGACCACACGCAGGGCUUCUUUCGCGCCACUGAUCUGCAAUCAUCUGGAUCCUGCAUAACCCUCGCCAGGACAUACUUCCCCCCAAAGCACAUCGCCGAGUUCUUGACAAAUGCUUUCAUGAAAUUUAGUGAAACAAACUACUUUUACUUCCAUGAAGCGACAUUUCGGAAAAAACUGAACUUUUAUUAUACCAACGAGCGACCACUUACUAUUAAUGACGCAGGGUGGAUAUGUACUCUUCUCAUGACCUUUGCUAUCGGCACGCAAUUUGCACACAUGCAUGCCAAAGCAACAUCUUCCAGUGAAAACCCCGUUGAAAUGAUACCCGAUGAUCAAAUUGGCCUGGAACUCUAUCGAUACUCUUGUCGACUCAUUCCAGAUCUUAUCACCGUUGCAAGCGUGGAAACAGUUCAGGCAUUCUUGCUGCUGGGAGUUUAUACAUUCCCAAUCGACACAGCCGGUCUGGCGUACGUAUAUUAUGGCUUGGCCAUCAAAAUGGCCAUCCAAAAUGGCAUGCACCGCAGGCUGAUUGAAGGUAACAUACCUGCGGAGAUAAUCGAGGUACGAAAUCGACUUUGGUGGUCUGCACAUUCUCUGGAAAGUCGAAUAGGCAUUCUUCAUGGUAGGCCUGUAUCGGUAUCGCCUUCUGACAUCGAUGCGCCCAUGCCCGUGGAUAUUCCGGCCUUGCGACCAAUCGAUCAAUAUACCAAUCUACCCAACUUUACCGCAGCAAUAGUGUUGACCAACCACUUAGCCAAGGCAUCAGAAGUGAUGAAGUCUUUGCGGCAUUUCCAGAAGCCCAACAAGAAGAAAUACCUUCGACAACUUGCCGCAUUGAGAAGUCGACUCAGCUCCUGGUGGGACAGUCUGCCCACAACAAUCCACUGUCGAGAUCUCGCUCCCGAUGGCAAAUUCUUCCGUUGUAAUGUUCACCUGGAGAUAUACUACACAACGACCUUAAUUUUCAUGGGUCGACCAUUCAUCAUAUCCCAGAGUGCAACUGGGACCACAUAUGCCGAACCGGGAUCACCAACCCACGAAGUUCCGGAAAUCGUGAACAUUCUCCGCCGUGACUCUUUCCACGCUGCAGUCAGAGUAAUCGAACUUUGCCAACUCCUACAUGACUCCGUCGGGUUGGCACGCGUCUCAUACACCGAAUUCAACGGAUGUCGCGUUGCAUUACUGGCUCUGAUAGCCCAUCGCAUGAAUGAGCCAACCCUCAAAAUCUCCAGUACUUUGACUCAGGGAAUGGGGCUUAUCCGCCAAAUCUGUACAGGAUUGGAAUCUGCGCGAUCGGAAGUCGCCGUCAUCGAAGCUCUUGAGCGUGCAAGGCAGCGCCUUCAUAAUCAUACCGCCGAGGAAAAAGGUGAAAACACCGAUGACGUUACUGGUUACGAUCAGUUCAAAGAAUGGGCUAAAUUAUGGCGAGGCGAUCUCAUGGAGGGUACCGAUCUCCUUCCGUUGGAUGAUGUGGACUUGCAGUUCGAGGAACAGCCUCAUGACUCUAUUCCUCCUUUCGAUGGAUUUCUCUCGUCUUUUCCCAACGAGUUGGGUGAGUUUGCUGCCAUCCCGGGUCUGAGCUAUGACCUAUCUCUAGCCCAUAAUUGGCUCGACAACCCACAUACCGAGGACUCUGGAUGGACUAUAGAUCAUUCACUUUGA